AUCACAUGAAUACAGCUACUCCAAUACUCGUGAAUGUUGGGAACAAGUUGAGUCUUGUUAUAUGCCUGUAGUACACUUGUACUUGUCUCCGUCUGAUGAUUUCUCAAUUCAAAGGUAGUAGUAUCUUUUUCCACUCUCUACAAAAAUUUCCCAAAAACCUCAAAGCUUUCUCAUCAUCACACGUCCUCGGAAGAAAAAUGGAAUCACCCGCGGACACGCUUCUUUUACUCUCUGGGAAAUCCGAGGAGGAGAAUGACGCGGCAAAGGUACUCAAGAAUAACAAUACCCUUAAAACUGGUGAAGGAGUUGAGCUUGUUCUGCAUUCCGAGGUGAAAUUGGAAAACGACGACGCUUUUCGAAUUGAAGAAUACUUCAACUCCCUUUCGACUAGGCGUUUUGGGAGACUCCUCAUUUACUCUCCCAGAUUGUCCUCUACUCAUGACGUUAUUUCACAAAAUAACUCUGACUUGCCACUUGGUACAGUGUGUGUUGCCGAUGUUCAACUGAAAGGGAGAGGCCGUUCGAGUAAUGUGUGGGAAUCACCAAAGGGUUGCCUUCUGUUUUCUUUUUCAAUACAAAUGGAGGACGGUAGAGUGGUGCCACAUAUACAGUACGUUGUCUGUCUUGCCAUGACAGAGGCCAUUAAAGCUGUCUGUUUGGAAAAGGUAGUGUAUUUGAACAAUGCUAACUGGAUGCAGAUGGAAAAAAGAGGAGUGGGAACCCCAGAGCUUGAUGUUCGAAUAAAGUGGCCAAAUGAUCUGUAUUUAGGUGGCGUUAAAGUGGGUGGCAUUCUUAGCACAUCGGUAUAUAGGUCGAAGAAGUUCUAUGUUAGUGCUGGAGUUGGAUUGAAUGUCGGGAAUGAGAAGCCUACUACAUGCUUGAAUGCUGUUUUAAAGAAAGUGAAUCCUCUCUCACGUGAAUUGAAGAGAGAAGAUGUUAUUGCAGCCUUUUUCAAUAAAUUUGAGAACCUGUAUGAUGUUUUCUCAGAACAAGGAUUUCAAGCUCUUGAAGGAUUGUAUUAUAGGACUUGGUUACACAGUGGACAAAGGGUUAUUGUGCAGGAGAGAAGUGGUGAUCAGGACCAAUUUGUUGAAACUGUAGUCACCAUUCAGGGUUUGACAUCCUCAGGGUACUUAUUAGGAAUCACAGAUGAUGGUCAAAUGUGUGAGCUACACCCAGAUGGCAACAGUUUUGACUUCUUCAAAGGGCUUAUCAAAAGAAAAAUGAGCUGAAGGAAAGCACAGUAUGAUUUCUGCCUGCAUAUGGUGACUUUUUUUUAAAAAAGCACUAUUUUAAAACCAAACACUAAGAAAGAAAAGUCUUUCGGUUUCUGUUCAAUUUUCGGGGCAGUUGCUUUUUCCUCUGAAGAAUCUAGAAUUACUUAUUACUUCAAUGAUUUAUUUUGUUCAAAUAGUCUAAAAAAAUUGAGGAGGAAUAAUUCUUUGUUAGAGCAGCUCCUUAGCCCUGCUGUAGACUUAUUAGCAUGAGGACUUUGAGGUGCAAAUACACAGAGAAAUAGGGACAGAGGAGUUUAAACAAUAAUUACAAGUUAUAGCUGUAAUUCUUCAAAAGGAUGAUGCUAUGAUGGAACACCAACAACAGCAUUUGCUUCUUCUGUUGGUAAUAAAUAAAUAGCAAAUGCUAUGUCUUA